AUGGUGAAGAGGAAGGUGAAGGCAGCAGCCGCCUCCAGGAAGACAGGAGGCGGUUCACAAGAACCGGACCUGCUGCCCUAUGAAGAGGAGCUCCUGCAGUUCCUGGGAAGAGACAACCUCCUUGGGAUUGAGGGGACAUCUGGCGCUGAAACAUCUGAAGCCCCUCAAUCCCCAGAAGAGGCACUAGGAACUGCAGGAGAUGCUGUCUGCAUGGAGAGCAGGGCAGCAGGUUCACCUCCUGUCUCCCUGGAAAUGCGCCUGGCUUCACUUUCCUCUCACCAUUCGCAACUUGUCGACGUUUCUUCACCACGUAUGAGUGUGGUUUCCCUCCAACAGCCGGCCACUGGUGUCCAGGAACAGGGAUCCACUGCUGAGCGUUCUGAUGGUACUCUACCCCUGCAAGAGGAGGGUACCAUUACCCUAACAGCAGUGGAUCCUGAUUCAGUGACAUCAGUGGCCGAAGAAAUGCAGUCGCCACAACUUCCUCCACCGUUGGCUGCGCUGUAUGCGACGAUCCAGGCUCGUCAAGCUGAACUGGAGACGUCCAUACAGCAGGAUAGGGAGAAUCAGCGAGAACUAUUGCAGAAUGUAAUAACCGAGGUACGCUCCAUGUCUAACGUUUUGAAUGAGGGCGUUAGCCAAUUUACAUCAGCAAUGGUUUCCUUGCAGCAAAAUAUGCAGCGCUUUAUGGAAAUGAGGGAGGAAGAGUGCAUUUUAAUGCGCGCGCAAGCUGCCCAUAAUUUGGGCAUAACCAUUGCUGAUGUAGAUAGCCUAGUUCAUGAACGACGUGCGCAGGGUCUUCCCAGAAGGGAUGAUGAUGAUGAAUAG